GGUACGUUAUAAUACCGUGAAGAAGAGAGAAGGAAUAAGUCAGGUUUAUUUUACAACACGAAACAAGAUGACCAAACAUAUUGUCUUUAUUUUGGUUUAUUAUGUUAUAUAUUGCACAGCCAAUCAACCUCACCUGGGGUGUUAUAAGGAAGAUAAAAAUGACAGAGAUUUAACAGAAGAAAUUUGGUCAAACAGAACUGACAGUUCCCAACUGAACAUCACACACUGCAUGAUUUCUUGUCAGACACGAGGAUUCGCGUACGCUGGGUUAGGAUUAGGAGCAACAGAAUGUUGGUGUGGAUCAUCUUACGGUAAACACGGAGUAUCGGAAGAUUGUGUGUAUGUUUGUAUAGGAUUUCCAGGCUAUAAAUGUGGUGGUUCACAGGAAUACAAUAUCUACUACACAGUUCAACAAGUGCCUACAUGUCCAGCAAAUUCUCAGCUUGUGGCUAGACAACCUUACGAUGUAUGUUUAACUGUUCCAAGUGCUCAGGUGAAAACGUAUGAGGAGGCUAGAGAUUUCUGUAUAUUACAGAACCAGGAAGUCGUGGCAGUAACAUCAGACAAGACGCUAUCUAUCGUAGAGGAAUUGCUGACCAAUUCUUCAAACGGGGAUGCUAGUGUAUGGGUUGGUCUAACAAAACCCACAUCAACCGGUACAUUUAAAUGGACAUCCAAACACGAAGAAACAUACUCAGCAGAAUCCAUAAGUCAGUUCUGGACGACUGGACAUCCAAACAAUAAUCACCUGUGUGUACUAUACAAUAGUCAGACUGGCAAGUUGGAAAGUGGUAAUUGUUCAGACAAAAAACUGAUCAUUUGUCAGACCACGUUAAACAAAACAUCGAUUGUGAUCCAUAAAUCUAUUGGAGACAAGAUUGCUGAAUUUUUUUCUGACAAAGGAAACCUUGCUCUGAUCAUCAUUGUUGUGCUGAUAGCUAUGACUGUGGUUGGAUGCUGUAUAGUCUACAGUUUCCACAAAAAAGCGAAAGAAAAAAGAAAACAAGAAAAGAUCAAUGGAAGGUCGAAAAAAAAGUUUAAGCAGACUGGAAAUGAUAUAAGGGUUUACCCUGACAACGACAGACAUUAAUUCUAUGUUAAAGUCCCAGUAGCCCCAGUUAAAAUUUAGGUGUUCCUUAUCUAGCUGUAAUAACAAUGCACAAAUUGUAUUCCUAUAUGCAUUGACAUUAUGUCCAUCUUUAAGUAGUAUAUAACAGAGAGUUAGAAUAGAUUCUACCUCUCUCGAUAAUAAUUUACUAGAUAUAAAUCCAUAAAAGUUGACUUUGUCAAUAUUCAUAUUUAUAUCCAAUAUUAAUAAAGACAAUGACCUAUUUAUAAAUGUAAUUUCCUUUGUUUACUGAAAUUUCAACUAAAUGAAAAUUAAAAAUUCCAAAUUUCAUAAAUCUACGACUCUUUUGCCCAAUUAGCUCGUGACUCUUUAUUUUGUAUUUGUAUCAAUAAUGGAAUAAGACGUAUUCCUUUUCGGACAUUGUUCUGCGUUAAAAAAAUGUUAUCUCGUAGUAACCAAAAACAUAAAUAGAUUGGGAAAACCCUGAAAUUAUAUAAAUUAGAAUAAAAUCAAUAAAAUCAAACAAACUAAAUAUCACAAGCAAUGCAUCAGAAUUCGGUUAAGUAUUAUUCUAUGGUGAAUAAUGGACUUUAUUGUCAUUUAGAAAUACGCCUUUGGGGCUACUGGGAAUUUAAUUAAGGUGUCUUUGAAUCGGAACAUCGAGUUGAAAAAAAUCAUGCCUUAAAUCUAUUAAUCACAAAUUAUAAUCUUUCAUUUUCUGUAUAUACUUAUUAUAACGGCAUUGAUCUGGGGGUGUUUAUUAGCAUAAAAUAUAAUCGAACCAAAAUAUAAAUUACAAAAGUUUAUUACUGUCAUUACUUAUAAUGCUCCAUUCUUAAAAAAAAACAACUCCCAAACAACCCCCAUCAAAAACAAUGUCAUUAAAACCUAAGCAUUGGAGAAUCUCAGCUUAUAAUUCAUGGGCAGGUAUAAAACGAACCCUUCUAUCAUUUUCACUGACCUACUCUAUACCAAAAGAGAAAUGAAAAUUACAGAAAGUUGUCCUGCAGCACCAGAUGUCAAUUCCGUUUCGUUUAAUUUCUCAUGUUUUACUAAACUGUGAAAAAAAUCGAAACGAAACUGUUACCUGAUUUUAAUUAUACAGAUGUCGCUUAUCGUAUGUUAUGUGUAUGUUAGUUUUGCAUACUAUGAUAUUGUAGUCUAUGUCUGCUAGACAGUAAUUAACAUUACAGAGUUACUAAGUUAAUUGUGUUAUCAUUCACUGCUUUUGUUAUGUUAACUUAACCCUUGUUUAAUUACUUAAGAGUAAUCUAUAAUGCAAAAUGAUUUAGCACCGUCAUUUUUCGUGGCAAUUAUUUUUUCCCGUUUUUAAGUAAAAACAAACUGACCAUUAUGUCUAUGCACGUUAUGCCUAGCGCACACACAACCAUCCCAUCAUUCAAGCACGUUUGUUUUAGGUAAUCUUACCAUGUAUGCGCAUUUAAACGAUUGAAAAGAUUUUCGUCGCUGAACCGAAAGUAAAAUUUUAAGGAUCUAUCUGUGUGCGCUUCCACGUAACGUCAAACGCAACACAAUAUGUUGUAGAGAAAAAUAUGUCUGUAUUAAAGAUUAUGAUCUCCCUGUGUGCUAGGCUAUACCAUUUUAUACAUACACAAUGAGGUAAAACGUUGACAUUGCCCUUUCAGUAUUUGUUUAUGCAACUUGCUUUUAAAAAUGAAAUAUUAAGUGUUUGUUAAUAAUAUAUUAAUGCUGUAGGAAGUCUAUAGUCCCGUUUUCUCCAGCCAAACCGUCAAAGCUUCCGUGACAGCGAAUAUUGAUUUGGACAAAAGAGCAUCCUUUGCGUAUAUAUAAAGUGUCAGGGGUCACACUAAAGUCCUGUGGGUGGUUAAGAGGAAUAAUAACAUGCGCUUUGCUUUUGAAAUAUGCAUAGUGUCUUGUUAAUUGGAAGACUAAAAAAAAAGAACCGUGUUUGGCACCGUUUGCUUUGUGUGUGUGUGUAAACCAGGCGAACACCAGGCGAUCUUCCGGCGCCAAACUGGUUUAGCCUUUGUGAACCAGUUACGAAAUUUGUCAUUGUAGGCAACGGGCGGCAUUGUAUCUUGGUUAAUAUUUGGUGCAGUCUAAGGGUUGACAAAUUGGGAUGGAGCAAUCAAGACCAAUCAAUCAAUUACAUAUUUUUGACACAAUAUAUAAUGUUCAUUUAGAGAUUUAUUGAUACAAUGAGGAAUUAUUUAUAUAAACAUAAGCCUGGUCAGUCCACCCAUUACCAUUUUAAUCAUUAGUAACUCAUAGAGAUAUUUCUAAGUAAGGUCGAGCUCUAAGUGUUUUUAAUUGUUCA